AUGUACAAUAUUAAUUCUGCACCAGUAUUUUCAGCAUGUUUCAAGGGACGGUAUUAUUGGGCUUUUCCUGUUUAUUGCUUGAAAUUGCAAAGAGAAACAUAACAUCAAGUGAUUACAGAAAUGAAGCUCGAAUAGACUGAGCAAAAGCAAGAGAAAGAAAAUUCCAUUUAAGAAACUGACAAUCCAAAUCCUACGACCAAUAAUAACUCCUAUAUGUAUCCGGGGCAAUCUAAAAAUUAUUACAAGACUUUAGGAUAAAAAGUGCAUUCGUUUAUACAAAACAACUUUGAUGUAAAAGAAUUGAAAAAAGAUCGACAUAUUUACAAAUUCUUAAACGUUAAACGCCAGAAUUACAAUAAGUUUCAUCUUAAAGAACUAAUCAAAUCCAAAAUCGGAAAACAAGUCAUCAAAAUCUAUUUUGGGAAUUUUCUAUGGUGUUCGAGCAUUUUGGAAAAAUCAAGAUCUGAUAUCACUUAUUAUCUAAGUUAGAAUAAAAACAUAUUUAAAAGAAAACAUAAGCCAAAGUGA